AUGGAAGACAACCGGAGAAGAAAUAUCUCCACUAUUGCUUAUGUGAUCUUGCUGGGGUUUGGGGACCUUGAAGAAGUUGGGACUGCUUUGUUCUCUUUGUUCCUAAGCCUUUAUGUUGUCACACUGUGUGGUAAUGUGCUGCUGAUCCUUGCUGUCGAGACAAGUCCACGCCUUCAUACUCCAAUGUAUUUCUUCCUGUGCCAUCUCCUGUGUGAUGUUGGAUACACAAGCAGCAUUGCCCCUCAACUGCUGAGGGAAAGUUUCUUCCUGGCCAUCAUGUCUUAUGAUCGGUACUUGGCCAUCAGUUGUCCCCUGAGAUACUCGGUGCUUAUGGACACUGUGAUAACUUUGCUUGCUUCAUUAACCUUUUGCAGUCCCCACAUCAUUGAUGAUUUCUUUUGUGACUUCUUCCUGCUGGUGCACCUCUCGUGCACUGACACUACAGUGGUGGAGAAGGUGGCCUCUGUAUCAUCAUUCCUAUCCCUAUCCCCUUUUCUUUGGACAUUGUCUUCUUAUGGUUGUAUUCUGUCCUCCAUUUUAAAGAUUUCUACUUCUACAGGGAGAUUCAAAGCCUUUUCCACAUGUUCCUCCCACUUGAUUGUUGUGAGUGUGUUUUAUGGUACCAUGAUUGUGGUAUACAUGACACCAGCAUCAGGAACAACACUCAAUCUAAAAAAGAGUUUCUCCCUUCUCUACACAGUGCUCACACCCUUUCUCAAUCCAUUAUUAGUUUAUAGUCUGAGAAACAAGGAUGUUCAAAUUGCUCUGCAAAAAGGAGUAACAUUUCCCUGUUCAUCAAGGUAA